UCAGCCUUUCAGAGAGAGCCAGGCGUCCUGUGAGCAUGUGCGUGUGUGUGUGUGUGUGCCUGCCUUCACCUCACUGUUGUUUACCCCUCGGCACGUGUGUGUAUGUGUGAGAGCGAAGCUUGCCAGGACUGUAGCUGCCCUCAGGUCUGAAUCUGCCACGUCAGUUGACCAUCUCUACUCGGCUGACCUGUGAGAAAGUCAGGCUGUACAUACUCUGUGUGUGUUUGUGUGUAUGUGUGUGUAGCCUGCGUGGUCAGUGGGAACUGGAAUAAAGAAAUCUCCUAUAAAGGACUGGCCUGAGAUCAGAGCGAAGGCAAUUUUCUCUAAAGGAGUUCCUAGCUGGAGCUUGGUCUUGUCUGCACUUAUUCAACCCUUCACACAUGUGGUUUGGAUUCAGCGAAGAUGAGUGGCUUUCUCUACCGAGGCAGACACUCCAAUGGGAAUAGUGAGGCCAUUCCUAAGAGCAGAACUCAUAUGAAUGAAUUCUCCAGUGACGAAACUGAGAAAGGACCUCCGCUGCUGCAGACCCACAGCCUGAGGGAGUUUGAGAAGCACCUCAAUGACCUGAAGAAGGAGAACUUCAGCCUGAAGCUGCGCAUCUACUUUUUGGAGGAGAAGAUCCAGGGGAAGUUUGAGGACGGCGGCAGCGAGGAUGUUCACAGGAAGAACAUUGAGCUGAAGGUCGAGGUGGAGAGCUUGAAGCAGGAGCUCUUGGAGAGGCAACAGCAGCUUGAUAAGGCUCUCAGAACAGAGACGCCGACUAAUCAGAAUGGAUCUGAUGUGCCGUGUCACUGUGAGGAGAAACAGCAGGAGAUCUCCCACAUUCAGGAGGUCCUGGAGAACAAGAUCCAGCUGUUGCAGGAGGGGAUCUCGGAUCCCCCGAGUACCCCCGUAGUUCGAACGGAGGCGAAACUUGCACAGAGUGAAGCUGAAAAAAUGGCUUCUCUGGCUACCUCAGAGUCCCAGCGCUGUGUGGAUCUGGAGAACAGGAUGAUGGUGAUGGAAAGUAAAGAGACACAGGAGGAAAUGCUGGCUGAAAAAGAGAGGCUGAUUCAGGCAUUAACAGAGGCUCUGGUCAGGAAAGAGGAGGAAGUAACAUCUGUGCAUGAAGAGAAGGACUCGCUUACACACAAAGUAAAUCAGCAGGAGGAAGAGCUGCAGGUCUUCAGAAAGUCGCUUCAGCAGAAAGAAAAGGAUGUAAAGAUUCUCAAGGAAGAACUGGAGUUUGGGAAAACUCUCAAGCAACUUGAAUUGCAGAAGCUGAUUGCGGAGCAGCAGGUUCAGUUGGUGCAGUAUGAAAACGCAGCUGGUCAGUGUGUGACUGAACUACAGAAGGCCCAGCUACAGGUCCAGUCUCUCCAAACUAAGAUCCGAGAGAAUGAAGCAAAGAACAAGGAGCUGCAGCAGCGACUUGCAGUUAUGGAGUGUGAGCUGUUCUCUUUCCGGGAGACAGCACGAGGACAGGAGAGGACUAUCCAGACUCUAAGCGACUCUCUUAGCACCAAGGACAACGAGAUUGCUGACCUCCACCAGCUUCAUGAAGAGCAGAAGCAGCUUUUGGUUUCUCUGAAGCAGCAGAACCAGCAACAGCAGCUGCAGAAGUUGCAGACGUCCACUACAGCACCUAGUCCACUGCAGGCCGAGCUAUUGGAGCUUCAGGCCUCUUUAUUUUCAACCCAGCUGGAGCUGCAGAGCGUCCAAAGAUCCCAGCGCCAGGCCCAGAGAAGAGAGGACGAGCUGGCACGUGCCAACCAGCGCCUCUUCGCCGAUCUCCAGGGGGUGCAGCGCCAUCGCCAGGAAGCUGAGAAACACAAUCAGGAGCUGCUUGCGGCUCUGCAGAGAGCACGCUCAGACCUAGAGCAGAUGGAGGAGAAGUGGAACGAGGGAGAGCGAGACAAGGAGAGAGAGGUGGAGGAAAGAGAGAGAACCAUCAGGGAGCUGAAGACCAAACUGCAGCACAAAGAGCGUCUGCUGCACGACUACACUGAACUGCUGGAUGGACAGAAAGAAGCAGGCGGAAACAGAGACAUUCUCGUCCACAAGCUCAAGCUGCGCAUUCAGGAGAGAGACCGAGCCCUGGAGCGUGCAGUAGACGAGAGAUUUGUGUGUGUGGAGCAGAAGGAGGCCGAGGUGCGCAAGCUGCAGCUGCUCCUCCGAGAGAAAGAGAGGGACCUGCAGAAACUGCGCUGUGUGCUGUCCAAUAAUGAGGAGACCAUUACGAGUUUGGAGGUGUUGUUGCGAGGUAAAUGUGUAGAGUUGGAGCAGGUGAGUGAAGCCUGGAGAGGCAGCCAGCGUGUCCAGCGUGAGUGUGAGGACAGACACAACUGCAGCAUGAGUGAGAGAGACACACUCAUCAGCCAGCUCCAGACAACACUACAAACACGCACGAAAGAGGCUGAGGAGUUAACAGCUGCUCUCCUCAGUAAGGUGCCACUGAGCUCCAGUGAAAUUGUGGAGAAGCUGAAAACCCGGCUGCACACAAAGGAGCGUCUUUUCCAGGAGCUGCUUGCGGAGCACAGCCGACAGACACAGGAGCACCACACACACAUCCAGGAGCUGCUUAACGCCAUUCACACCAGGGAGCAGUAUAUCAAGGAUUCAGCGGAGCGUGCGGGUCAGGUGAUGUCAGAGCAGGCGGCGCGUCUGCAGGAGCUGCGCAGGCAGGUGGUGUCAGCAGGAAGCAGAUCACCGACUCCAUCAGAGCCUCCUGAAGAUGCACAGCUCAUCAAGGAGGAGCUCCAGUUGGUGCUUUCCAAAGAGAGGGAGGCGCAGAGGGAGCUGUCUGUCCUCCGCUCCACCUUAGCAAACAACCAGGAGCAGCUCCAGGCCCAGACUGCACAACUGAACGCUUUGAACCACACGAGUAAACCUGAGCAUCCGGUAUCUAUGGAGACGGAGCAGGCAGCCAGCUCACACACAGAUACUGGAGACUCCACUUCAGACAUAGACGAGGAGGAAGACGACUGCAAUAGUGAAUUCACAGAGAGUGCUGAAGAAGACGAGGGCUGCAAACUGACAGCACAGGCUUUAACCAAUGCGCAGGGUUCCGAGCAGUAUGGAGGACCCAUGCUAUCUCAGAGUCCUACAGAGGUGGAGGGCCAGGGGCUGGCUGAGGUGAAGCUGCUAGUGGGACAGAAGCAGGCGGUGGAGCGGGAACUGUGGGAACUGAAGAUCCAGCUGGAGAAAGCUGGCUUCACCUCUUUCUCACAGAUGAGGAAAGCAUUGCUCAGCUUGCGUUCAGAGAAUGAAGAGCUCCGAAACUUAGUGAAAACGAGUGAGGCAGAGAAGGAAGCACACAGAGCCUCAGAUGAGAAAAGAGGAAGAGGAGUGCAGUGGCAGCCUCAACCCUGUGAGGGCAAGAAGAGAUGCAGCAGAGUGCUUUGUCUCGACCCGGGAGUACAGCUUUCCCACUCCACACAGCCAGUGCAGCAAAAGCUGCAGGAGAGACUUCUGGUGUCUAAACCCACCAUGCAGACCCAAGCAGAGAGGCUCAGAGACUACAGAGAACAACUCAAGAUGCCAGUGCAGCAUGACAGUAAGCAGGUACAGGUGGACCUGCAGGAUUUGGGCUACGAGACGUGCGGCCGCAGUGAGAAUGAGGCUGAAAGAGAUGACACCAGCAGCCCAGAAUUUGAUGAUCUCGAGCUGUGCACAUCUCUCUCGUGCCGAGAUGGCGCGUCCCAGUGGUGGUCUGGUCAGAGUGUGGCGCACCGGGCAGAAGGUGAUGUUGUGUCUCUGCAGCAGCAGGUGGAAGAUCUGCAAGUGCAGCUGUCUCGCUCCCAGGCUCUGGUGCUCAGCCUGCAGUCUCGCCUUCAGGAUGUCACUCCAAACUCCACCCCCCGAAAGUUGAACCAGGAUGGCAGGGAGCUGCAGGAGCUGGUGACUCGCGUAUCCUCUCUGGAGGAACAGCUGAGGAAGGGCAAAAGUCAUGCUGAGGAGGAGGUCAAGAGCUGUACCAGGACUGGGAAGUUUGACACACUGAUCCAGGCUCAAGCUCGAGAGCUCUCUCACUUAAGGCAGCGAAUGCAUGAGGGCCGGAGUGUGUGUCACAUCCUCACACAGCACAUGGGAGACACCACCAAGUCCUUCGAGGAGCUGCUGCGGGCCAAUGACAUCGACUACUACAUGGGCCAGAGCUUCAGAGAUCAGCUCGCCCAGAGUUCAGCACUGGCCCAGAGAGUCAAAGCCAAGCUCAGUAGCCGGGAUUACUCUGAAAUACCAGAUGACAAGACGGGUCAUGAACUGCUUGCGAUCCGGUUAAGUAAAGAGCUCCAACAGAAAGACAAGCUCAUUGAGUCACUGCGCUCCAAACUUGAGCAGCAGCAGCCCCAUGCAGACCCACCCGGCAGCAGCCACUCCCUCUCAGGAGAUGCUGACCAUUUGGAGCGUUCAUCCUUUGUCAUGGACGAACAGGGUUCCACCAAUGAAGACCUGGACUUAAUCUCAGAACUGGACACUGUCAGUGAGUUUGGCCAGGAGGAGGUAGCUGAUGACUCCCUGCAGCCUGCGCCGUCACAUCCAUAUCCAUCCAACCCGCCAUCCGUCACUUCUUCACACGACCACCAGUCCUCCAGCAGCUGUCCCAGCAUGCACUGCAGCCCUCACAGGUUCAUGGAUGGCCAAAUGAAGACAGGUUUUAGCAGUGCUCACGUCAAACCCCUGCCACGUGUCUUUCACCAGACUGACCGCAGUGACUUUCCCCGACCAUCCCAGAAUGCCUUUCAGCAAUCUCCUUUUGCUAGCCUUCAUGCUAGCCCGAAUAUGGCAUAUGGGGCACAGCAACCAAGAGGAAGCGCUUAUAAUGAUGUUUCCUCAAGCUCAUCGGGUUAUCAGUCUGGUGCACGUCACGCAGGAACAGACUUAAUGGAGGAGCACCUGAGGGAGAUUCGCAGUCUCCAUCGACGUCUGGAAGAUUCCAUCCAGACCAACGAACGUCUGAGACAGCAGCUGGCAGAGAGACUAGACUCCAAGAUACAAGAUGGAGGUGCUCCUACAAACAUCUACAUUCAGGGACUUGACUCUGUCAGUCAGCUGUCUAAUGAGGUUCGAGUCCUUAAGGAGAAGAAUCAGGUUCUCCAGAAUCAGCUCCAGCAGGCGAGCAGAGAUGGCAUGAAACAAGCAGAGAAACAGUUGCGGGACGCAGUCUUAUUAGAGCACACCAGGAUGAAGCAGGCAGAGCUGGAAGCGGAAAAGUGGGCGGGGCAGUUCAGGCAGUUGCAAGCACAGAUGCGAGAGCAGACGCAGGUGGUUCUGCAGCUGAAGCAGGACAAACAGAUAAACCAGGAGAAUGCUAACCGGCUCCAGCACGAAGUUAACAUUCUCCAGCAGCAGCUGAGUGAGAGCAGACGACUUGUGUGUGAGCUACAGUGCAAAUUACAGAUUGACCAAAGGUCGCGUGACACCACCCAAAAUGGCAGUGAAGGAGCAGAAGUGCAGGAGCCGCUGUCUUACAUGCACAUGCUGGAGCAGCAGCUAAGUGACCGGGUUGAGCCAGACGUGCUCCAGUUUUUAGCUGGAAAACGACUCGUCCAUGACUCAUCUCGCUCUAUUCCUGUUUGGGACACGGGACUCUUAAAUCCAGCCUCACCCGUCUCUGCUCAGCUUCAGUCUUCUUUUACUGGAUGUCACAAGGGUGAAGUCCAAGAUGGCUCGUUCGCCUGCAGGACAGGGAGUCAUGUUGUGGGCCACUGGGACAACUUCAGCGCCCUCCAGCAGCAGCUCCUGGAGGGCAAAGUGCUCAUCUGCAAGAUGGAGGCAGUGCUGCAGUCUAGCAUGGAGAUCAAUCUGCAUGAGGGUUGUUUAAGCAACUUGCUGAGCAACACCAAGACCUUAAAGCGUAUUCUGGAGGAGGUGGCUUCUGUCCUCAAAAUAUUCUGGAGGGCUGCUCUUCCUAGUGCUGAGACCACAACACCAGAGCAUCAAAAGGAGCAAACUUUGAAAGAAGAACUUGUUUCUCUGAAGCACAAACUAGCUGAACAGGAACAGACCCUUAGAGAUACGUUUGAGACCCUGAGAAAUUCCAACCGCACCAAAGACAGCAUGGAGCAAUUCAUCCUCAGCCAAUUGUCCAGGACACGAGACGUGUUGAAAAAAGCUCGCACAAACCUUGAGGUGAAGUCUCAAACACUGGACGCAGCUCCUGUCAAGGACCGAGUACUGUGAGCGCACAAGGUCAUGACUCACACAUGCGUGUCUCGCAGCGAUUUGGCUUGCAGCGCCCUCUUCAGAUGUUCUCUGGCAGUGCGCGAUCAACACUCCACACCUCUGCACCGACCCUGUGCUGAACGAGCUCACAGCUCCGGCCUGUAAAGCUUCCUCAUUUAAAGCUUUUGAAACCUGUGCUCAGGUAUCAUCAGCGGGUCCUGUAGCUUCUGCUGUAGUUUAGAUCUCAGGUGGCUUGAUAUACGGGUGCCUUUUCUUAAAGUGGUAACCAUGAACAAGAAAUAAGUGGUCUUAUGACAGGCUGCUAGCUCAGACUUUGGUUAUAGAAGAUGAAAAUGGUACAUAGCUGUAUUUGUUUGUCUGUGUAAAGGUGGAAACAAAUUGCUAUUUUCUGUUAACGUUCUGUUCUACUGUUAAUUACGCAUACAAUGCCUUUAGAUAGGGCAGUGCUGCCCAAACUGGUUCCCUUUUCUUCUACACAGGCCACUUUUUUACCCCCCUUACGUGAACCAGAUCUUGUUGAUAAUUGCUGUGGGUAGACUGGGAGCAAAAAAAAUGUGUUCCUGGAGGUGGGGCUGAGAGCCAGCCUGGAAAACACUGAGAUUAGAUUAGAUUAGGCACUUGAACCCUAUUAGAAUCUCUCUGGAUUAGGAUUUGUUUAGGUUUAAGAGAAACAGCUAUACCAUUGUGUGUGCGUGUGUGUGUGUGUCCCGUUUUGUUACAUUACAAGCUGGAAUUAGAAUAGAUUUUUUGGAGGGUUAGCACCAUUUGAUUUACACAACAUGCCUACCACUUUAAAAGGUGCACAUUGUUGUUUUAUUGUGACACAAACAAGAAUUAAGAUGAAAAAACAGAAAUCUGGAGUGUGCACAGGUAUUCACCCUCCUCAAAGUCAAUACCUUGUAGAGCCACCUUUUGCUGCAAUUACAGCUGCAAGUCUCUUGCGGUAUGUCUCUAUUAGCUUAAUCACAUCUAGCCACUGGGAUUUUUGCUCAUUCCUCAAGUUAAAACUGCUCCAACUCCUUCAAGUUAGAUGGGUUGCGUUGGUGUACAGCAAUCUUCAAGUUAUGCCACAGAUGCUCAAUUGGAUUGAGGUCUGGGCUUUGACUAGGCCAUUCCAAUACAUUUAAAUGUUUCCCUUUAAACCACUGCUAAAGCUACGCUGGAGUAUGUUUAGGGUCAUUGUCUUGCUAGACCAUGAACCUUCGUCCCAGUCUCAAACCUCUGGCUGACUCAAACAGGUUUUCCUCCAGAAUCGCCCUGUAUUUAGUGCCAUCCAUCUUUCCUUCAGUCCUGACCAGCUUUCCUGUCCCUGCAGAUGAAAAACAUCCCCACAGCAUGAUGCUGCCACCACCAUGCUUCACUGUAGGAAUGGUGUUCUCAGGGUGUUGGGUUUGCGCCACACAUGGAAUUUCCCAUGAUAGCUAAAAAGUUCAAUUAUUGUCUCAUUUGACCAGAGAAUCUUCUUCCAUGUGUUUGGGGAGUCUGCCACAUGCUGUUGGGCAAACACCAAACGUGAUUUUUUAAGCAAUGUCUUUUUUUGGCCACUCUUCCAUAAAGCCCCUCUCUGUGGAGUGUAUGGCUUAAAGUGGUCCUAUGGACAGAUACUCCCAUCUCCGCUGUGGAUCUUUGCAGCAACUUCAGUGUUAUCUUUGGUGUCUUUGCUGCAUCUCUGAUUAAUGCCCUCCUUGCCUGGUCUGUGAGUUUUGGUGGGCGACCUCCUCUUGUCAGGUUUGCAGUGGUGCCAUAUUCUUUCCAUUUGGCUAUAAUGGAUUUAAUGGUGCUCUGUGGAAUAUUCAAAGUUUGAGAUAUUUUUUUAACCCAACCCUGAUCUAUACGUACUUCUCCACAACUUUGUCUCUGACCUGUUUGGAGGCUCCUUGGUUUUCAUGUUGCUUGCUUAGUCGUGUAGCAGAGUCAGGGUCCUUCCAGAACAGGUUGAUUUAUACAGACAUCAUGUGACAGAUCAUGUGACACUGACUGCACACAGGUGGAUCUUAAUCAACUAAUUAUGUGACUUAUGAAGGGAAUUCGUUGGACCAGCAAUUAUUUAGGGGGUGAAUACCUAUGCACACCAGAUUUCUGUUUUUACAUCUUAAUUAUUGUUUGUGUCACAAUAAAACAAUGUGCACCUUUAAAGUUGUAGGCAUGUUGUGUAAAUCAAAUGGUGCUAACCCAACCCAAAAUCCAUUUUAAUUCCAGCUUGUAAUGCGACAAGGGGGACGAAUACUUUUGCAAGACACUGUAUAUAUGUGUGCGUGUUUUAAAAUAAGACUAACAACACUGAUGCGUUAUGCUUUAACUACAAAAGAGACCGAUUGUGCAAUGCUAUUAUAUACACAACUUCUUCCAAAGAGCAAGGACGCUGCUGCUCACUUUUUAACACUAACUCUGAACAGGGUCGGAAAAAAAAAAAAAGACCCUAAAUAAAGAAUUCUGCUGUUACUUCACAGACUUAGAUCUGUGUUUGGUGCCGAGGCUCGGAGCCUCCCAUUUCUGUCCCCGUAUCGCGUUUAAGUGGAUUGUGAAAAGCCUCCGUAUUGAUCAGUUUUGGAAUGCUCAAAUAUCCUUUUAAUAUUUGGUCCAAAAGCAGUAUCGUUUUAUAUUACUAAUUGUUGUGUUAUUGGAUGAAUUUUCUUGAUGGACCAUUUUUUGCUUUGCUUUUAUUUUAUUUUUUGUACCCAAUGCCUAUAAAUUCCACAUAGUAGAAAACAGAUAUAGUUGCGAAAGCCAUUUGCCCUAAACUAUUCGCAAGACAAUCAGUGAGCGAAAUUGGUAACGAUGAGUUGAACCCAAGGACGGGAUACAAUUUAUCUGCUGUUCAAUAUCUCAUUAAGCAGGUAAUCGACUUCAGCUUGAAGAUAUACAACCAAGUGCCAUGAAUGAUAUACUGUAUUUACUGGGAGGCUCAACAUGAACUCCUCUACUGUAUAGUACACAGACCGGGAACAAGUGUUUACUACUGCACUUUACAUCAAACGACCACUUUCAUCGAAGAGUCCGUUCAGUCAAACUCACUGGUGAAGUUAUGCCGAUUCAUACCAAUUCAUCUCAAAACACUAGACUCGUUUUUUUGCCAGUCAUGCUUUUAUAAAAACAUUUAAAAUCAAUCCCACACGACUAAUCAGCUCUAAGUACAAUACAAGCAGUAAAUAAAUCGUAAGCAACAGAGGGACCCACGGAUCAGUUGUGCUUUAGAAACCUAAACGUCAUCACUGACGUGGGAAAGAUGAGAUGUGUGUCUGUGUAUGUAUAUAUAUGUGUGUGUGCGCGCGCGCUCCGCCUGUCACUGUGGUUUAUUCUCUAUGCAUGUGUUCUUUACAGAAACGGAGGUGUGUAUAUGGUCGGAGUUGUUUUAAUAAAAACAGGACGAUCACA